AUGACGGAAAAUGCGCAAAAGUAAGUUUUCUUGCUUAAAAAAAUUGCAAAAAUCGUUUUUUAGUCUUCCACGAAACAAAAACGGUUUCCUCUAUCAGCACACCAAAUUGCUGCCGUAUUCCGAAAAAUCGGGGGCCGUUUUCAAACUGACCGGCCAGAAAUUCGACAUGAAUCCGUUCAAUUUCACCGCGGAAGAGGAGGAGAAAAUUCGCAAAAAUUGGGCGAAAUUUCAAAAAGAAUUCAAAAUUCCCGCCGAUUGGCACAUUUGCGAUGUGAUCGGAUAUCCCGAGAGUUUAAAGAAUGAGAAAAACAUUGAGAAGGUAACUUAAUAUGGUUUCCUUUAAAAAUGAUUUUUUUUAAAUACAGAAAAUCUUUUCAGAAACCCGACCUUCCGAAUCAAAAACAAAUCCGAAAGUAUCUGUGGCCACUGCUGUGCGACGGAAUGCCCAAUCGGAUGGCCGCCACGGUGCGUAGAAUUAUUUGGCGAAUUCACAAUUUCAUUCCGGAUCCUGAGUACGCGUUUCUCUUUAAGCGUUUGUGGAAAGAAAAGGAGAAAAUUUUUUACAGAAAAAGCGUGCGCAACCUGAACGGCUUCCUCUACCAGCAUUCGAUGGUGGGAAAAGGCGGGCAGCAGAAUAUCAAAAUUAGAAGAGUGGGCGUGAAAUUGGAUUCGGACAUUCGAACGUUCACCGAGGAAGAGGACGAAAAAAUCCGAGAGAAUUGGAAGAAGUGCACGCAAAAAUUGGAAAUUCCCGAUGACGUCAGCAUUUUCGACGUGGUCAAAUCGAAUUUGCUGGGCGAAGAUCCGAAUGAGGUACCAGAGAUGGGCGGCACGUUUCUGAGUCCGCCACAGCGCCUAGCUAUCCCGCGGACCGUCGGCUGCUUGAUGGGCGCCAGUGCUGCCCCAAAUCGGAACUUCCCGAAUCAGAACUGGUACGAAUCAGAACUAUUUUCAGUGCUACUUGGUUCUGAUUCGUACCAGUUCUGAUUCGGGAAGUUCCGAUUCGGGGCAGCACCUGGGCGCCGCGGCCGCUGAUUCAUCUUACCAUUCUUUCUUUAUGAACAUGUUCUUCAUGACCAGCACUUGCAAAGAGCCACAAAAUCUGCAAUUUUCGAGUGGCGAUUGAUUGGGCGUGAGAAUCGAAUUCAUUCUACACUAUUUUAUGUAGAAAAUGUUGGCAAAAGGAUUCUCAUUGUCACAUGCGCGCCGAGUCGGUCAACGUAUGUUGUCGGAGACUUCAGAUGCGUGCCGCCGGAGAACGCACGAUUCAUUUUGGCCGAAUUUUGAUCAUCAUAUAACAAUGAGAAACCCCUUGCCAAAAUUUUCAUCAUAAAAUAAUGUAGAAUGAAUUCGAUUCUCACUUGCUCAAAAAGAAGGAAAGGGAAGAUGAAUCAGCGGCCGCGGCGCCCACCAAGCAGCCGAAAGUUCGCGGAAACGUGUUCGUUCUGCAAAAACUAUUGAUUUUUGCAGCAUUUGCCGAUUCCGAAUUGGGUGGAAAAGAAAAAGUACCUGUGGCCGACGUUGUGCGACGGAAUGCCGAAUCGGAUGGCGGCCACGGUGCGCGAGCGGAUUCGCUGCAUUUUCGAUCCGAAUUUCGAGGGAUUCGACGAGAAAAUCGAGGACAUUUGCACAAAUUUCGAGGAGGACGACGACCGGAGAAUACGGAAAAAUUGGAAGAAAUUCCGAAAAUCCCACGAAAUUCGCGACGAUUUGCAUCCGUUCGCAUUGAUCUCACUCAACAAUUCCGAUCCGCACUUCUAUGAGUCUUAUUUUGAAAAGGUUUUGAUGUUUUCUGGAAUCUGUCUGGAAUUUCUCACAUUUUCCAGAACUCGCCAAUCGAGAAUUUCGAUGAGAUUCGCUCGAGUUUCCUGCCGGAAAUGCGCAACAAACUGGUGAAUCGGAGCGAAAAAGCGGUCGAAAGCCGCAUUGCGAAAUGCUUGAAUUUGCGAUUUUUCGACAAAAACUAUCGGGCGGACGAGGAGGAGAAGAAGUGAUUUUUUGAAAUUUUUCUGAAAUUUGUUUGUCUUUUUAGGUUGCCACGCGACAAAUACGGACAAUUGCGACAGCAUUCGAAAAGAAGCCAAGUUUUGCCGUACGGCGACAAGGAUUGCUGGAAUUUCAGCCGCGAAGAGGACGAGCGAAUAAAACAGAAUUGGCGCCGAAUCUGCGAGAUUUUCGCCAUCGAUCGACCCAUUUUCGACUUUGUCUCCACGGAGGUUCGUGCGUUUUUUUUUGUUGUUGGCGAGGAUGCAAUGCUGUAGAUCAAAACAGAGGGUUUUUGCAGAAACACAGUGACGCGUCGCUUCCGCAUCCAUUUGCCGAGCGUCUUGGCUUCUUUUUGUGCGACGGACUGCUCGAGCGCAAUUUUCAGACAAUUUCCAAACGUGUUCCGUACAUUUUCGAUCCGUUCUACAAAGAAAAUGAUGGUUAUAACACGGUAGAGCUCACAGAGUUUGUUUCUUUCUCAUUUACUUCAAUGUUACCACCUCAAAAGUCUACUGUCACUCUGGGUGGCUCCUAAUUACCGACAAAUGUUUGAUGACGUGUAAAUCCAGAAGGAGAAGUCCGAAAGAUUACAAUUAACAGCCACUUAAAGUUGCUAGACUCGCCAACGUUUCUUCAGCCGUCUUCGGCUCCUUUGCCCAUUUCUUAGACCCCAGAAACGUUAGAUUAUAUCAUAAACGAUGACAUGGUUGUUUGGCUUGGUGUCACGGUACAAUCUAACGUUUCUAAAGUCUAAAGCCAAUCUAGGACAAUACCGGACAAGCACCUAAAAAUCAAUGUAUGUACCGAAAGAAGCGCAAAGGUACGGUAGAUGGCAUGACUUAUACAAUCUAAAACUUGCAACAAAACCAGAUUAGCAUCGCAAAGAAAUGCUUCUCACUCUAUUUUAUCAUGUGAAAUUGCAGAACGCUCGAAAACCUUCAUCACCGUGGAAUCCACUCGAGUCCGGAAGAAAUGCGAAAAGUGUCGGAAAAUCUGAAAAUUCCCCUCCAAUACGUGCUUCACUACGACCGGAAACAGAAAUGGAGAAUCAGACACCAAAGGUUCAACUUUCCGAAUGAUUUCCGUUUUGGCGUCCUCAAGUGUAUGAUUGAAUCGGUGAACGAAAAGACCGCAGGAAUGACCAUGUCCAGUUUCGACGAGGACGUUUUCAAGAAAAAGUACUCUUUUUUUUAAAAUGACUUUUGAAUAAGUGUCGAUGUUUUCACAUGGACGCGGAAUCGUAGGAAAGAGCGAAACGUCUUUUGAAGCAUAUUUUUUCAACUGCAUUCAUUUGGUAAACGGUCAAAAUUCUCUAUAAUCUCUCGCCUCUGCGUCUCUGCCCUCUCACACGCUACUCGCCUUUCUCUCGCUCGCCCAGACCUGGUCAAAAUGAACGCAGUUGCACGACGAAGCGUCCUUUUUCUGAGACUUUCCGCUCUUUGCCUCCAUCUAACUAAUUUCCGGUCCGUUUCAGACUCGUCGAAUAUUCGGUGGAUCCGGUAUCGCUCGCAGGUGCGGUCCGACUCUACCACAACAUUUACGAUUCGAAAAAAACGUUUCUGAGCCAUGUGCCGGCCAAUUUUCAACAAAAACUAAUGUUCAUUUACGAGGGACUCGCCAGAUACACGUAUAACGUCAGCAAGACUGCACUGAAAAACAGGAAAAAACAGGUUCGUUUUUUUAAAAUGAAUUUUGUCAUAUUCUGAAAUCGAGACAUUUUUUUCAUUUAACAAUGAAAUCUGGUUUUUUGCAGAGACCCAUGCUCCGCGGAACCACUCUCUUCUCGGUGAUUCUGGAGCAUUUUCGAAAAGAGAAUAAAGAUUGGCAACCGCCGGAACCGCUUCGAUUCUACAUGAAUAUUGUGGAUGUGCCGGGCAUUAUGAGCGGAAUUUCGCACGUGGAAGAGCACCGAAAACGGAGAAGCACGGAGUCGCCGCGAAUUACGGUAGUUGCGAAACGGGUCAAAUUGGAGGAAUUGGAGGAGGAGGAGGAGGAAGACCGGGCCAUCCGAAUGAUCGACGACAAUCGGUUGGAGGUGAGAAUUCGAUUUAAAAAAUGUUUCGUACUGCAGAAAUAUGCCUUGACGUUGGUCCGUAUCAACCGCAAGAGGGCAGGUUUUUACAAUUUUUUCUCGAUUUUAUCUGAAGCAAGUUUUCAAGAUUCACACGGUCACAUAGCUUAAAAAAAUCGGGGAAAAAUGUAAAAAUCUGUGCUUUUGGGCUAGAUACGGAACAACGUCAAGGCACAUUUCUGAAGUGUCAAAUUCGGAAAAGUCAUCAGAAAAAUUGCAGAUCUCAUCGAUUGACGCGGCGAAUCGGACGGCGAAAGACGAGUUGACGGAAGAGCAGGAGCUGACGAAUCUGGAGAUUUCGUCGCUGGACUCGUCCGCGCACGCAUCCGCCGAUCCGCUGCUCAUCCGUCCGGACGAGACGAUUCUCGCGGGCGGAGGCCGCGAUUUUAUAAUGUACGAUCCGGACAUGCCGACGGAAGAACGGAAAUUGCAGAGGAACGAACUGCUGACGACGAGUUUCCAGCCGGAUGACACUCUCGAUUUAUGGGCACAACUUACACAAUGA